AAUUCAUAGCUCAAGCAACGACUUGUCUUGAUCAGUCUGUGUUAUUAUUAACAGGCUUUACUGGCUUUAGUUCAAAUUUAAAUCACUUGAAGAAUGAUAUGUGAAUAACUGAAAAGUGCUGAAAUUAGCAAAGAUGUCUUUCUCGUUCGGCACACCUUCAAGUGCUCCUGCUACCACAGGACUCGCAGGAGGUUUUAGUUUCGGUACCAACAAACCUGCAACCCCAGGAUUUGGCAUGACUGCAACAUCUCAGCCAUCAACAGGCCUUUUUGGGAGUACAUCUGCUACUUCAGCGCCCGCAUUUGGUACUGCAGGUUUUGGUUCGACAACACCGGCAUUUGGUUCGACUACCACACCUGCUUUCGGUGCAUCGACCGCUCCGGCCUUUGGUACAACAACUAAUCCAGGUUUUGGUUCAACACCCGCUUUUGGAGCCAAUUCUGCAGCUCCAGUAUUUGGAACCACUACACCGGCCUUCGGUUCAACAGCUCCUACUUUUGGUACAGGGACUUCAGCAUUUGGGACAACUACAACACCGGCUUUUGGUACAGGCACUGCUGGGUCAAAUUUUAGUCUUGGAUCAAAUACUUUAGGUGGUUUUGGGACACAGCCAGCUACUACAUCAACUACUGGGUUGGGUCUGAGUUUUGGUCUUGGUACAGCAACUACUCAAACAGGGUUUGGACUAUUGGGAGCCACUGGCACGGCCACUACAUCUAGUAGUUUAUUUGGACCUAAGCUUGGUACAACCAGUCUAACUGGUACUCAGCCAUCAACAUUAGGAACAUCAAGCUUCGGCCUUGGAGGAGUUGCACCGGCUACAAGUGGUAUUGGUGUGACGAAUACUACAGAUGCUAAAACUGAGCCACCAAAGCAAACCAAGCUGCCCAAUGAGAUUUCAACAACAGUUGAUUCAUUCAAAGAAUUUGUCAAGAAACAAAAGUCUCUGAGUUCUGAAGUUAUGCGAGUGUCUAUCAAGCCACUGCAUAAGGUGGCGGGCGAGGCGGCGGUCCUGACGCGCGAGGCGGCGCGCGUGUGCGGCGAAGUGGCGCGUGCGCGCUGCGUGUCGCGCCGCCAGCGAGCCGCCGCCGCCGCCGCGCUCGCCGCCGCCGACACCGUGCUGCGGGACAACGCGGCGCCCGGUUCGGAGCUGGAAGGCAUGGCGCCCCCUCAAUACGUCAAGGACCUGAUUUCAGAGCUUGAACAGCAUUUAAUAACGUUCCGGAGACAAAUGGAAAUUGCAGACAAACAGAUGCAAUCGACACCCAAAUUACUGACCGAAAAGGAAUUAACACUAGGCAUUCGUCGUAUGCACGAGUCGCUGGUAGCUCUGGCGGGCCGGCUGCAGACUGUACAUUCCCAAGUCGAGGAGCAGCUCCGUCAGUACAAGAACCUGAGGACCUACAUACUGAAGGAACCGGCUGCCACGUUUGACCUCCUACAGAACCAUAACACAAGCCUAGACCAAAUGUUACAAGAGGAUGUUAGCGGUAAAAGAAAGUUUAAGUCCACGUUGACCGGUGAAGUGAACAGAGUGAGUGCCGUGCUGGCCGACCCUAGAGCUGCUUUAGGAGGCGUGCACCAGUUGGCCGGGCCGACGCCCUUCAGCUAUAUCGGGUCCAAUCUGACGCCGAUUACGAAUGUUGAUAACAGCGCAACCUCGUGGCCUCCCCAUUCGAAUCCUCCGCCGCAGACGAAUUCCACGUCUACAUUGCUGUUAACGGGCCCAUCUUCAUUCCAGCUUCAGAAACCGCCCGGGAAGCGAGGAAAACAAUGAUAUUGGCGUUAGAUAGCGCUUUGUUAGCGCUAAUCGGACAUUGGACCAGUGCACUGUCUAAUAAACGCGAGUGAAUCUUGAAAAA